UCAAUCCCAAUAUGACGUUAUUAUGUACAUUGUUUAUCCCAAACCUAGGAUCCGACUUGAUUCAAGGCUUUUGACGCGGAGAAUCCUCACCGACCUCAGUGAAAAGAACAUUUUCCAAAAAGGGGAUUUUUGUUAGCACGCAAUCUUUAAUUAGAUGCAUGGGAAUGUUGCACGGUGACACGAAUUCUAUACAUAAGCAUUUUCGAACCGAACGACCCGACAUUUGUGGCGGUUUUACGACUUCAAGCAAAUCGACAGUGGCUCAACAGAGUGCAUCCUUAAUAUAAGAACAGCAGAAUUGUGACAACUGUGUUUUGUUUCAACAUGGCGGCGAUGAAAGCCUUCAAGAUGAUGGCGUUGCUAGCAGUAUCAGCCAAUUUGCUCCAUUCCGCCAAUGCACGGACAACACCUGAAGGACCACAAUCAACAACAGACCCCGCACCUUACAUGACUGACCACGUGACUAACUACCACCUGACCGGGGAUCGACCAGGAGAAGCCCCCUGUCGUUGCUCGAUCCAAACACCCAUUCCCGUAGUAUGUACGGACUAUCAAACACAAAACAACUCGGAGAAACUACUGGAGAUUCGACAUUGGAUAACUAACCUGACACUUGAGGUUGGUCAACUAUACGAGAAGUCAACAUGGCAAUCAGACCUCAUCGCUACCUUCCAGGACAACCUAGACGAAGCUACCGAGAAAUUCACCCUCAUGGAGGGUGGACAGCUUCUAGUCACCCGGACUGAGAUUGAGGGCGUACGCCAGAAUGUUCGUAGUAUGGCUUCUGCGCUGUAUACACUGCAGCAGUGGCAAGGGAUCGCAUCUGAUGCUGUACAAUUAGGGAGAAUUCGGGCCAUUAUGAGAGAUGUUUCAAACAUCAGCACUGUUGUGGAUACCAUGAUAGAGCUUGAUAACAGUCAUGGUCUAGGCGGUUUGCAGCAGCGAAUCACUGAGUUGUCUGGUCAGCUUCGGACAUGCAACGCUGGCCAGCCUCCUCCUGCCGUGGGAACAGCGACUGUGAGUCCCGGUACCGACCAGGGUUCAGACGGUGAUCAAACACUGCCAGAGAAUUGGCCAGAGAAGGCAAAACAAGAUAGCUGCGGGAGACUAGUCUCCAUUUCAGAGCCCUACACUGUACGAGGAAAUUUGGAUCAACAUGGAGUGUGGGUCAGGGACCCGCUAGUGAAUCCAAGCAAUGUGUAUUAUCACAGGUAUGGUGUCUCAAGUCAAACUGCUCCGUUUGGAGGUAGUAUGAAUGUGGGUGCCUUCCAGAGGUCUAAAACCAAUUCAAUUGAAGGAGAAGCUCUCCAACACAUCGAAGAGGCGAUCAUCUAUAAUGGCUCCCUCUUUGCUUACUCGGAGGAAAGAGUUCAAUAUCAAGAGCGUAUCGAUGAUUAUUAUUAUGGUAGCUAUUACACACGGACGCGAGAAAGGACAGACAAGACACUGUCUAAGAUCACUUGGAACUCACCACCCGACUCCAAUAACAUCACCAUCUCUCCAGAUGACGAGGUGAUUUCACGAAACACUUCGUCAGAUACACCCCUCGAUCGACAACCUUACAUCGGCCCUAAUGAUGUUCCGAAGAUGGACCUGAGCGUAGAUGAAAGUGGACUUUGGGUGAUGUACGGUAGCGAUCUGGAGAUGCUGGUCGUUAGUAAAGUAGAUGAAGAAACUCUGGAGUUUGAGCGUACAGUGGAGAGCGCCUACCCGAAGAACCGUGUUGGGAACUGUUUCAUCAUCUGUAAGAAGGUCUACUGUCUUAUCAGUGUCACUAGGUACGACUCUAGGGUGGCUUUCUUCAUGGACACUGACAGUGGCUUCGAAGGAUUCGUCAAUGUCCCUUUCAUCAUCAAGUACGGGAGCCUAUCAUCGAUUGAGUAUAACCCACGUGACCAGCUGCUGUAUGGCUGGGACAACGGCCAUGCUGUGGUCUACAGUCUUACAUUCGAGUAAAGCCCGCUUGAGUUCCACACAGACAUAAGCUUAAAGGCCCUGGACACUAUUGGUAAUUACUCAAACUAAUUGUUGGCAAUAUACAAAACUAACUUGAUAAUAAGAGAUGGAGAGCUGUUGAUAAAAUUGCAAGAAACGGCUCCCGCUGAAGUAACAUAGUUUUUGAGAGAGAGGUAAUUUCCCACUCAAACCAUAAAAUGCAUCAACCGAUGGUCUAUGUUUUUUAAUAAGCCAUUUCAAAUCAAAUCAAAUUAAUAAGUUGAUAAGAAAGUGAACACAACUUUUAUCAGGAAAAUGCAAGUUGCAUUGAUUUGUUGUCAUUGCAUCAAGCAGAUUAAAAUAAUGCAAUUUUUUACACUUUGAUCAUGGGCCCUACUUUGGAAGUAUGUUUGGUUUAAGGAGAAGUAUACAGGUCGUAGAAGAUCCAAAGCUUAACUAAAGAAGUUGACUAGACGUUUAAUACCAAUCAUUUGUACUUAAUAAAGAAAAUACUUACAAUGUCUCUUCUCAAUGGGGCAGGACAGCAACAGUCUGGCAUCUUCACGUUUUUAGAUGUGUACUUUAAUGUUAGAGCACGUUUAGUAAACACGGCAAUGAUUGUCUCUAGUGUGUAUAAGGAUUUGUGUGUUUUGGGCAAACACAACCAAUUAAUACUGUCUUUUAAUAUGUAUUGAAGAAUUUGUGUUUUUUAACAUAAGAGCAAGUGACUAACACAACAAAUGUUGUCAUUUUGGUAUCUGUAAGGUUUGGUGUGUUUUAAUGUUAGAGCAAGUAGCAACAACAACAAAAUAUUGUCUCUUUAGUAUGUAUAAGGAUUGGUGUGUUUGUUAGAGCGCGUUGCAGCAACACAUAAUAGUAUUGUCUCUUUGUAUCAGGUUUGUUGUAUUUUAAUGUUAGAGCACUUUAAAAACACAGCAAACAUUGUCUUUUUCUUUAGUAUGUAUGUUAUGCACGGUAAACACAGCAAAGUUAAAGGUAUUUGUCUUUUAAUGUUAGAGCAAACACACCCAAAUAUUGUAUUGUUUAGUAUGUUAAAGGUAUAUUGUAUUUUAAUAAUAGAGCAAACACAGCAAACAUUGUCCUUUAAGUGUGUAAGGUUGUCUUUUAAUGUAAGAGCAAACACAGCAAACAUUGUCCUUUAAGUGUGUAAGGUUGUCUUUUAAUGUAAGAGCAAACACAGCAAACAUUGUCCUUUAAGUGUGUAAGGUUGUCUUUUAAUGUAAGAGCAAACACAGCAAACAUUGUCUUUUAAGUAUGUAUAUAAUGCUGCAGAUUGGAUAUCAGUUAGUUUUUAAAGCUGCUUUGCUUUUAAUAGUAAUAUCAAGUUGGUACAAAUGUUAUAAAUAAUAAUAAUAUGUCAACUUGAAUCGGAAACCAACGCAGAACUUCAAGUCCAAACUUUAUUCUCGGUCGGAACCGUUUGAUUGUUUAAAUCCCAUAUAAAUGUAGAUGUAUAAAGACACACAAACAUUAGAACAUUUCGUUUCAAAAGAUCGAGUUUUUGAUAUAUUGAGUUUCAAAAAAUGGCCAUUAACUGUGGUACACAUCGGUACUAAACAAUAGUAUAGUUUUAAGCUUGAAGUAAUCAUGCAAGUUAUAUAAGUCCUUUAGAUAAAAAUUGUGAAUUUAUAUAACACAAAAUCGGCAAUAAUAGCAAACAAUUACACUGCAAUAUUGAACAAGUUUUUAAAGUUAUUAAUUAGUCAAGAAUGUAGUGCGCCACCCUGCGUUCGCAAUCAUCUGUAACAAAACCAAACCAAACCCACAAAAACCUAAAAGCAACGAUUUUCACGUAACCAUGUCUUACAUAGUGAUGUUUUAAUACGGCUUAAGAAAAUGUUGGUGAUUGUAACCAUUCGUAUGUAGUAGUUGUAGGUAUGUCUAGAUGAAUAAAACUUUCUGACACA